CGGAGCGGGAGGCGCCGGGGACCGCGGCGAGGCGGCCCCCGCCGCCGCCAUGGAGGCUCUGGGACCCGGACCUCCAACCAGCCUGUUUCAGCCGCCUCGUCGUCCUGGCCUUGGAACUGUUGGAAAACCAAUUCGACUGUUAGCCAAUCAUUUUCAGGUUCAGAUUCCUAAAAUAGAUGUGUAUCACUAUGACGUGGAUAUUAAACCAGAAAAACGGCCUCGUAGAGUCAACAGGGACGUAGUAGAUACAAUGGUGCGGCACUUCAAGAUGCAGGUAUUUGGUGAUCGGCAGCCUGGCUAUGAUGGCAAAAGAAACAUGUACACAGCACAUCCACUGCCAAUUGGACGGGAGAGGGUUGAUAUGGAAGUGACCCUUCCAGGUGAGGGUAAAGACCAGACCUUUAAAGUGUCUGUUCAGUGGGUAUCAGUUGUGAGCCUUCAGUUGCUUUUAGAAGCUUUGGCCGGGCACUUGAAUGAAGUCCCAGAUGACUCAGUUCAAGCACUUGAUGUUAUCACAAGACACCUUCCCUCCAUGAGGUACACUCCAGUGGGUCGCUCCUUUUUCUCACCUCCUGAAGGUUACUAUCACCCUCUGGGAGGGGGAAGGGAGGUUUGGUUUGGCUUUCAUCAGUCUGUGAGACCUGCCAUGUGGAAUAUGAUGCUGAAUAUUGAUGUGUCUGCAACUGCUUUCUACCGGGCUCAGCCUAUCAUUGAGUUCAUGUGUGAGGUUUUAGACAUUCAGAACAUCAAUGAACAGACCAAACCCCUAACAGACUCCCAGCGUGUCAAGUUUACCAAAGAAAUCAGAGGUCUUAAAGUUGAGGUGACCCACUGUGGACAGAUGAAACGAAAAUAUCGAGUGUGUAAUGUGACUAGGCGGCCAGCCAGUCAUCAGACUUUUCCCUUACAGCUAGAAAAUGGGCAAGCAAUGGAAUGUACAGUAGCUCAAUAUUUUAAGCAAAAGUAUAGUCUGCAACUGAAAUACCCCCAUCUUCCCUGUCUCCAGGUGGGACAAGAACAAAAGCAUACAUACUUGCCACUUGAGGUUUGUAAUAUAGUGGCAGGACAACGAUGUAUAAAGAAGCUCACAGACAAUCAGACUUCCACGAUGAUCAAAGCCACAGCAAGAUCUGCUCCUGACAGACAAGAAGAAAUCAGUAGACUGGUGAAGAGUAACAGCAUGGUGGGCGGACCUGAUCCAUAUCUUAAAGAAUUUGGUAUUGUUGUCCACAAUGAAAUGACUGAGCUCACAGGCAGGGUACUUCCAGCACCAAUGCUGCAAUACGGAGGCCGGAAUAAAACGGUAGCCACACCCAACCAGGGUGUCUGGGACAUGCGAGGAAAGCAGUUUUAUGCUGGCAUUGAAAUUAAAGUUUGGGCAGUUGCUUGUUUUGCGCCUCAGAAACAAUGUAGGGAAGAUUUACUAAAGAGUUUCACUGACCAGCUCCGUAAAAUCUCUAAGGAUGCAGGAAUGCCCAUCCAGGGUCAGCCAUGUUUUUGCAAGUAUGCACAAGGUGCAGACAGCGUGGAGCCCAUGUUUAAACACCUGAAAAUGACAUAUGUGGGCCUACAGCUAAUAGUGGUUAUCUUGCCUGGGAAGACGCCAGUAUAUGCGGAGGUGAAACGUGUUGGAGAUACCCUCCUGGGUAUGGCUACACAGUGUGUCCAGGUAAAAAAUGUAGUGAAGACCUCACCUCAAACCCUUUCCAACCUUUGCCUGAAGAUAAAUGCAAAGCUCGGAGGAAUUAACAACGUGCUUGUACCUCAUCAAAGGCCCUCGGUGUUCCAGCAGCCUGUCAUCUUCCUGGGAGCGGAUGUCACGCACCCCCCAGCAGGGGAUGGGAAGAAGCCUUCCAUUGCUGCUGUCGUUGGCAGUAUGGACGGCCACCCCAGUCGGUACUGUGCCACUGUGCGGGUGCAGACGUCCCGCCAGGAGAUCUCCCAGGAGCUCCUCUAUAGUCAGGAGGUAAUCCAGGACCUUACUAACAUGGUUCGAGAGCUGCUGAUCCAGUUCUACAAAUCCACACGCUUCAAACCCACUCGAAUCAUCUAUUACCGUGGAGGGGUAUCCGAGGGACAGAUGAAACAGGUAGCUUGGCCAGAACUAAUAGCAAUUCGAAAGGCAUGUAUUAGUUUGGAAGAAGAUUACCGGCCAGGAAUAACCUAUAUUGUGGUGCAGAAAAGACAUCACACACGACUCUUCUGUGCAGAUAAAACAGAGAGGGUGGGGAAAAGUGGCAAUGUACCAGCAGGCACUACCGUGGAUAGCACCAUCACACAUCCAUCUGAGUUUGACUUUUACCUCUGUAGUCAUGCAGGAAUUCAGGGAACCAGCCGUCCUUCACAUUACCAGGUCUUGUGGGAUGACAACUGCUUCACCGCAGAUGAGCUCCAGUUACUAACUUACCAGCUAUGUCAUACCUAUGUGCGGUGCACACGCUCAGUCUCUAUUCCAGCCCCUGCCUAUUAUGCCCGCCUUGUAGCAUUCAGAGCAAGGUAUCAUCUGGUGGAUAAAGAUCAUGACAGUGCGGAAGGCAGUCAUGUGUCAGGACAGAGCAAUGGCCGAGAUCCUCAGGCCUUGGCUAAAGCUGUGCAGAUCCACCAUGAUACCCAGCACACGAUGUAUUUUGCUUGAGAGUCUCAGAAAAAGAACUCAACCAGUUUGGCACACCAUGCAGGCUCAAAAUGUUUCAAACGCCUACUGCCUCUAGAGAGAGCCAAGUUGACUUCAGGUGGUCCUCUACCAGCAACUCAGAAUAGUUGCACUGAAUCUAUACUUCGCAGCACUGUCUGAUGCAUCAACAAAAUUGAGCCAUUUUUUUAAAGUAAUAGAUACUCAUUGAUUAUCUUUUCUGAUGCACUGGACUGAAUUUUUACCUCAUCAUGCAAAGGCUAAUCAGCCUGAACUUUCUAAAGGACUUUAUGAGAAAGGUUUCUAUGGACUAUUUUGCUAGCUGUGGUGUUCACCGCAUCCCUCUAGUCUUACAAGAGAAGCUUAUUCCUUUUUCCUGUAUUCGUCGAGUGGGGUAUAUGCAUAAAUGGGAGAGAAAAACCAAUCUACUUCAGUUCAGUGUAACUAUUUAAUUGUGUGGGUCAAUAGGCUUUUUAAUGGAGAUUUCUGACUUCGCCACUGUAAAUGCCUUUAACGAGCAUUAAUUUUUGAAAGUUUUACAGAGUUUUAUUAGUUUUACUACUUUAUGUAUUGAUCUCUACAGACUUGUGCUGGUGCAAGUACAGGCUGCCAGGCAAUUGCACUAUAUUUGGCUGCAGAUUCAGACAGGCAGUUCUCUUAUUUGGUUGACUUUUGUGAAUGUGUAACACAUGUGAUGCAUGUCAUGGUGACAGAUAACACUGCCAUGGUAAAAAGUACUCAUAUUUCCCCCUCUUUGAAAAAAAUUAGCUUUUAGUAUUUUUCAGAGUUUUCAAAAAUGCCCAUUUUAUGCUGCUGUGUGGUUUGUUAGAUCUAAAUGAUUUUUUAACUUUUCUCAUAGCAAGUUAACUUUGGCAAUAAACAUUUUUUAAAGUCCCUCCUCUUCCUCCCCCUGACAGUGUAGUUUUUUAGAUGAGAUUUCGGUAUGAUUUUUAUCAGCUAUUUCUUAUAGAUCAUAAUCUGACAAUUUUUGAAACUGGUCAGA